GGAGGGGCGUGGGGGCGGGGUCGGCUCUGGGACUGGGCCCCCGUGGCCCCCAAGCCAGCCCGGUCGCCUCCGGCGUUCCGCAGCCGCAGCCUGGUCGCCGGGCCUGCCAUGUCCUGGGCCGUGGUCUUCGGGCUUCUGGCCGCGCUGCUACUGCUGCUGCUGCUGACCCGCCGGCGCACGCGGCGACCUGGAGAGCCCCCCUUGGACCUGGGAAGUAUCCCCUGGUUGGGCUAUGCUUUGGAGUUUGGAAAGGAUGCCGCCAGCUUCCUCACUAGGAUGAAGGAGAAGCAUGGUGAUAUCUUUACUGUGCUGGUGGGGGGCAGGUAUGUCACUGUCCUCCUGGACCCACACUCCUAUGACAUGGUGGUGUGGGAGCCUCGCACCAGGCUGGACUUCCACGCCUACGCCGCCUUCCUCAUGGAGAGGAUUUUCGACGUGCAGCUUCCGCAUUACAGCCCCAGUGAAGAAAAGUCCAAGAUGAAACCGACUCUCCUCCACAAAGAGCUCCAGGCGCUCACGGAAGCCAUGUAUACCAACCUCCACACUGUCCUGCUGGGUGACACCAUGGAAGCAGGCAGUGGCUGGCAUGAGAUGGGACUCCUCGAAUUCUCCUACAGCUUCCUGCUCAGAGCCGGCUACCUGACUCUGUACGGUGUUGAGGCACCGCCACACACCCAGGAGAGCCAGGCCCAGGACCGCGUCCACUCAGCCGACGUCUUCCACACCUUCCGCCAGCUUGACCUGCUGCUCCCCAAACUGGCACGUGGCUCCCUGUCAGUGGGGGAUAAGGACCAGGUGUGCAGGGUCAAAGGUCACCUGUGGAAGCUGUUGUCCCCAGCCAGGCUGGCCAGUCGGGCCCACCGGAGUAAAUGGCUGGAGAGUUACCUGCUGCACCUGGAGGAGAUGGGCGUGUCGGAGGAGAUGCAGGCGCGGGCUCUGGUGCUGCAGCUCUGGGCCACACAGGGGAACAUGGGUCCUGCCGCCUUCUGGGUCCUGCUCUUCCUUCUCAGGACCCCCGAGGCCCUGGCUGCUGUCCGCGGAGAGCUUGAGCCUAUGCUCUUGCAAGUAGAGCAGCCCAUUUCGCAGAUGACCGCCCUCCCACAGAAGGUUUUGGACAGCAUGCCUGUGCUUGACAGCGUGCUGAGUGAGAGCCUCAGGCUCACCGCUGCACCCUUCAUCACCCGCGAGGUCGUGGUGGACAUGGCCUUGCCCAUGGCAGAUGGACGGGAAUUCACCCUGCGAUGUGGCGACCGCCUCCUCCUCUUCCCCUUCCUGAGUCCCCAGAAGGACCCGGAGAUCUACACAGAUCCAGAGGUAUUUAAAUACAACCGAUUCCUGAACGCUGAUGGAUCAGAGAAGAAAGACUUUUACAAGGAUGGGAAGCGACUGAAGAAUUACAGCAUGCCAUGGGGAGCAGGGCACAACCAGUGCCUGGGGAGGGGUUAUGCCAUCAGCAGCAUCAAACAAUUCGUGUUCCUCGUGCUGGCGCGCUUUGACCUGGAGCUGAUCAGCCCGGACGUGGAGAUGCCCUUGUUUGACCUCAGCAGGUACGGCUUCGGGCUGAUGCAGCCGGAACACGACGUGCCUGUCCGUUACCGCAUCCGGCCUUGAGCUCCGGGGCAGAUGGGACUCCACGCACCCAGCCUGACCCUAGCCGCCCAAAGUUCUGUGCCUGCGUUCGGCCUGGGUACAGAGCUUUGAACACCCAACGGUGCCAAGCGUUAUCCCUUCCCUACUGUUUUUCCUAGAAGGCUGUGUCUGGGGGAGGGGAAAGAAGGGGAGUGAAGAAAAGACACCAAAAGCUCUGCGGAUUAUCUGCUGCAAAGGUUAAGUUCCAAAAUGAGGCUCUUUCCGCUCCCAGCCCCUCUUGCCCCUCUCACCUUUAGGAUACCCACUAAAGCUCGGGCAGACGGGGCACAACUAGGAGACCCCACUGCUCUGCCCCCAGCUCCCACGGGCUGCCGCCCAGACCCUAACCAGUCAGAGCAGAUGCUGGCCACUAAAAGGCCAUUUGGGCCUAGCAGUGUGUCUGUUGAAAUAAACUCUGUCCGCAAAUUUUUAUUAAACUACCUAAAGCCGAAGAGUCUCUUACAAUAUCUGGCUUCCUAGGCACCCCACUUGCUAGACACUUCCCCCAUCUCUCCGUUCACACCGAUCCUUGAGAAAAUGCUGGAGGGUUUCCCGAUGCUGGUGCAUCCCCAGUGUGGAGUGGGGGCAGCCUCCAGAUGAUGGGCUCUGAGGACCAGGCUUCUGUGCGCUACAGUUAUGGGCUCCAGACGGGGUGGGUGUUCCCAGCGCUGGGACUCAGGCAGGGAGUUAGCAAGACACAGCCCCGACUGGAUGGCCCCAGUGAAAGGAAGCGGCCAGGGCUGCUGGGACUGGUCAAGCCAAAGAAGAGGAGGUGUUGGUUUCCUACAUUCUAGCUUAGAAGCUCCAGCUGUGGGCACCGUCCAGAUUGCAGGCCUGUUUUGUUUGUCCUACAUUAAAAAAAAAAAUACAUUAGUGUUAUCUUGUCAUCUUUGGGAAAGUUGAUUCAAAAUGUCCAGCUUCUCUUGAAAACUUGAAAGAUCUGUCCACACUGGGCCCAUAUUCCCAAGGGCAACCACUGGCCAGAGCUCAGUAGCAGCUGCCUCCCUAUCGGGGGCCUGUGGGCUCUGGUUCACCAGGAUUUCUACUUGGUCUGCUUUUCUAGUCACAGCACCUCCUGUCCCCCGAAGACACCCAAGUUUGAGAACCCUGUUCCUACUCUUAGAGGUGAUAUUGUAGGAGGUGGUGGGAACCCGCUGAUUGGUUCUCAGACCAAUGGUCCAUCCUAUCCUGGGUGCACCACCCUUUGAUCAAACAGAUCAGUGAUGAAAACUUGCCUUUGCAUCAGCUUUAGGAAAAAAAAAAAAAGAUCAAAAAGAAAAAUUGCCUGGAAACUUUUAUUAUGAUGACAAGUAUUAAUAUUAGGUCCUGUUUAUUGAGGACCCUCUAAAUGCCUGUGACAGGAACAGUAGAUAUAGUAUUUCUACUUUUCACGGCAUCUCUGCAAAGAGAGGAUGGUUAUGCCCUCUUUAUAGUUGAGGAAAUGGGCUCAGAGAGGUGAAGUGACUUGCCCAGAGUCGCACAGCUUGUAAGCUGAUAGAAUUUUGCAAACAGACUUACUGUCCCAGUAGCAAAUGCUAGAUGGGUGGCUCUGUGCUCUUUGGGCUCAAUGGGGUGGUGGACCGGCAGUUCUGUUUGGCAUCAGAGAGCUGACAGAGCCAGAGACACCCAUGGGUGGAUGCAUCUCAUGAGAUGUGGACACGCAUACACACAUAUAGCUAGGUCCCUGUAGCUUUAGCUGGAGCGAGAAGAGAGGACCUGAGAUCUCUGAAUGUUCCAGGGGCUAGUCUCUUCUCAGGGCGGCACCGGGGCUUGGGGGCUUCCCUGGCCCUCAGCCUCCAGGCGGCCCUAGGAUUCCCAGACAGGCACUGUGAUUGGCAGGAGGCGGGAUAUCCCCAGGGAAACCCAUCUUCACGCCUGGGUGACCCCCACUGCCUCCUGCUUCUUAACUCUGCAGGAAAUCAGGGCUGGCAGCCUCCUGUGGGAGGACGGAGCCAGUUUCCAUGGCAACCCUCGGCUGCCUCUUCCUUCCUGGCUUGGAAGGGAAGGGAGGAGGCCGCAGAAAUAGCUCCAGGAAGAUCUCUUGUACGUGGCUGCUACCCUGGUGUGCUGGGGAAAAGCCCUUCUGAUUUCCCCCUUCCAAAUCAGGGCUGCUUUGUCACUGAGACUAGAUUCUCACCUGUGUUCAAAGAAGGGCCUUUUCCCUUUAAAGGUGACACCUUGGAGCCACAAUCAUUAGGAAGAGACGAUUCUCCCACCAGGCAGCUCCAGCUGGUAUCAGAGAUAUUGAAGUACAGCUUGGGAGACAAUGCUUUAAACCCACCUUUGUUUCAAUCUUUAUUAUUUUUUCUUUCUUCUUUUAAAAAAUAUAAGCUAUAGAGAAAAGAGGGAGAGAUGAGUGGGUUAGCUCCUUGCUACAGGUUAUUUAGGAAGGUACCCAGAUGUCAUUGUAUUUCUUCAUACCUUGUUUUAGAAUCACGAAAUUGCAGGACCUAUGUCAGAAAUAUUCUUAGGUUGACCUAAUGGAGUGUUUCUUUACCAUCAUCGUGAUGAUUAUUUUUUGCUAUAUUUUGUAUUGUUAUUUACCAGGUAUUUUCCUUUAAACAGUCUCAUUUUUUAAACUUAAAUUUGUUUAAAAAGGGGACUUUUUUCCUCUGCCGGUAACAACAUGUAUCGCUUGCUGCCAGAAAUAGAAAGUGACUGAGAAAGAAAUCCGCUGGGGAGGGGUCCUCUGCGCUGGCGUCACCAAGGCUUGGAGCCUGAGCUCUGUCUCUUCUCUGUUACAAAAUGAAACAAACACAUGUUUGAGUGGCGUUAAGGCCACACCAGCACCACCCUGAGACUCUGUCCAUGACAGUCACGGGGUGGGGGGAAGGGAGAGAAAGAGGAGUAAGCUGCCCACCACAUGGGCGUGCAUUACGCCUGGGGCGAGGGCUGCCCAGGGUCAUCUCCUGCCACCAGUGGGUCCCGCCCACAGUGAGCUGGGGACAUCCCACCUGCCCAUUCUCCAGAUGGAAAAACAAGCUUGGAGAGAUGAAUCGUCUCUCGGCGUCACUGAUUUGUAUGUUUGUUGUUUCUUAAAGACGGUGUUUCGUGAGUAGCAGUGAUUUUUCCACCUUGCUGUUUUAACAAAGAAUUCUAUUUUUAUGUAAUAUUGUCGAGUCGAAAUGUGCUGAAAUACAUUAAAUCACCCUUGUUUGUG